AUGGCACUCUGUGGAAGCCAUGAGAGGCAGUGCAAUGCCACCAGCUAUGAGACAUCAUCUCCUGAGGCUUGCAGCCCAAAGCUUCUUGUCGGCGGGACUCGCGGGGGCCGUGGGGCGGAAGGCACCUGGCAGGAGGGGCGGGCGGGAGGGAGGUGGCGCCGCCUCGGAGGGGGCGGGGGGAGAUUCUGGGGCUGCACCCAAGCAUUUUUUGCAUUUUUAUUUUUUUGCAACUCCCAUUUUCGGGGGCCGCUUUUGGGGAGCAUCUUUCCCGCUAUCCCCCGGCGGGGUGCCCCGCGGCCUGCGGGGUGCCCCGGGGCCUCCGAAGUACGCCCGCCCGGCCAGCCACAGCCCCCGAGGCCCGCCUGCCUGCCUGCCCCGCGGCGCGACCCCGCCGCCCCAGCGAUAAGCAUUGAGACGCUGCUGGAGGCGACCCGCUUCCUGGAAUGGCAAGCGCAGCCACAACAGAGAGCACGUGAGAAAGAUGAGAAACAUCGGCUGGAGCCGGAGCCGGAGCAGGAGCAGAAGGCCAGCGCCACGAUGGUUAAUCAUAUGCUGCCCCCUGAAGAACCCCGGAUUGAGCCCCCCCCACUUCCCUUGUCCCCUCCGGCCCCACCACCUGCACCCCCACCCCCUCUAGCCACCCCAGUGACAGUCAUCCCUAUCCCUGUGGUAACAGGCUUCCCACAGCCGAUGCCACCGCCACCUCCCCUCCCACUGACCCCGCCCCCAGCCCAGCCGCUAACCCUAGCCCCGCGCCAGCCAGCCUUGGUCAGUGCACCUGGACUCAGUAUCAAGGACCCCAUCCCCCCACUUCCCAGGCCACCAGCCACUGCCACCCCACUCCUGCCGGACUCGAAGGGCAUCGCUGCACCCACAGGCAAACCCUUGCCGCCCUUCCCCACACCCAUCCUAACAAUCGCCCAGCACCAUGCGGUCCAACAGCCCAUUCAGCGCCAGCUGCCACCCCCGAAGCCACCUCCGCCAACAAAAUUGGCAGCUCUGAAGUUGGCGCGGGCCGAGGAGGUGAAGCCAAGUGAGCAGAAGAAGCGGCCUGGGGGAAUCGGAACCAGGGAAGUCCACAACAAAUUGGAGAAGGACAGGCGGGCCCAUCUGAAGGAAUGCUUUGAGACUCUGAAACGAAACAUCCCCAAUGUGGAUGAUAAGAAAACAUCGAAUCUAAGCGUCCUCCGCAGUGCCCUGAGAUACAUUCAGACGCUGAAACGGAAGGAGAAGGAGUACGAGCAUGAGAUGGAGAGUCUGGCUCGGGAAAAGAUAGCCACACAGCAGCAUCUGACAGAGCUGAAGCGUGAGCUGAACCAGUGGAUGGACGCACUCGAGAUGGAGCGGGUGCUGCAGCAGGCAGGGCAGCCCGAGGACUACCAGGUCUCCACCUCCACCGCGUCAGAAGGUGAGGACAACAUGGAUGAAGACAUGGAAGCCAUGGGCCUGCCCAAGCUGAGCCAGCGACCACAACCUGAGCUCCUGAAACCAGCUCGCCUGCCUCCUAGCCCCUGCUGCCCCAGCCCCUCACUCCCACCCUGAGGUUCUGCGGCAGAAGCCCCCUCCCUCCCCUCUCCAGCAGCUGCCACCCAGACCCUCGUAUCGGCCCCCGCCCACCUCGUGGCCACGGUGGGACGGGGCUCAACGGUCAUCGCUCACACUGCCACCACCCACGCCUCAGUCAUCCAGACUGUGAACCAUGUGCUUCAGGGCCCGGGGGGCAAGCACAUUGCCCACAUUGCCCCUUCGGCCCCCAGCCCCGUGCAGCUGGCACCUGCCACAUCCCCCGUUGGCCACAUUACUGUCCAUCCUGCAGCCCUCAACCACGUGGCCCACCUGGGCUCCCAGCUGCCACUGUAUCCACAGCCGGUGGCCGUGAGCCACAUUGCCCACACCCUUUCCCACCAGCAAGUCAAUGGCACAGGAGGGCUGGGGCCGCCAGCCACGAUCAUGGCCAAGCCAACUGUGGGUGCCCAGGUGGUCCAUCACCCCCCGUUAGUGGGCCAGACGGUCCUAAACCCAGUGACUAUGGUCACCAUGCUAUCCUUCCCCGUCAGCACCCUGAAGCUGGCCUGA